UUGCAUCGUGCUGCUGGAGUCCUGCCAGCGGCCACCAGCGGGGGCGCUGUUGUCACUUUGGUUACCCAUAAGCGGGGGAGUGAGAGGUGCAUGAAAUGGAGAAAAAUGGCGGAUCAUGUGCAGGGCCUCGCCCAGCUGGAGAUCCUGUGUAAGCAGCUGUACGAGACCACCGACACCGCCGUCCGACACCAGGCUGAGAAAGCUCUGGUGGAGUUCACCAACAGCCCCGACUGUCUCAGCAAAUGUCAGCUGCUGCUGGAGAGAGGCAGUUCUUCAUAUUCUCAGCUGCUCGCAGCCACCUGUUUGUCAAAACUGGUUUCUCGGACCAGCAACCCUCUACCCCUCGAGCAACGCAUCGAUAUCCGGAACUAUGUGCUGAACUACCUGGCGACGCGGCCGAAGUUGGCGGCGUUUGUGACGCAGGCUCUGAUCCAGCUGUACGCCAGGAUCACCAAGCUGGGCUGGUUCGACUGUCAGAAAGACGACUACGUGUUCAGGAACGUGAUCGGAGACGUGACACGUUUCCUGCAGGACAGCGUUGAACACUGCAUCAUAGGCGUCACCAUCCUGUCCCAGCUGACCAAUGAGAUCAAUCAGGCUGACACGACGCAUCCUCUGACCAAACACAGGAAGAUCGCCUCCUCGUUCAGAGACUCCUCGCUCUUCGACAUUUUCACGCUUUCCUGCAACCUCCUCAAGCAGGCUUCAGGGAAGAACCUGAACCUGAACGAUGAGUCCCAGCACGGCCUGCUGAUGCAGCUCCUCAAGCUCAGCUACAAUUGCCUCAACUACGACUUCAUAGGAACCUCCACGGACGAGUCGUCGGACGACUUGUGCACCGUGCAGAUCCCCACAUCAUGGAGAUCAGCGUUCCUCGAUUCCUCCACCCUGCAGCUUUUUUUCAAUUUAUAUCAUUCCAUCCCUCCAUCCCUCUCCCCGCUGGUGUUGUCGUGUCUAGUUCAGAUCGCCUCAGUUCGGAGGUCUCUCUUCAACAAUGCAGAGCGAGCAAAGUUUCUGUCACACCUGGUGGACGGAGUGAAGAGGAUACUGGCAAACCCACAGUGUUUGCCCGAUCCAAACAACUACCACGAGUUCUGUCGCCUGCUGGCGAGGCUGAAGAGUAACUACCAGCUGGGCGAGCUGGUCAAAGUGGAAAACUACCCCGAGGUCAUCCGCCUCAUCGCCAACUUCACCGUCACCAGUCUCCAGCACUGGGAGUUCGCCCCCAACAGUGUUCACUACCUGCUGAGCCUGUGGCAGCGCCUGGCGGCGUCAGUCCCUUACGUUAAAGCCACGGAGCCCCACCUGCUGGAGACGUACACUCCAGAGGUCACCAAGGCCUACAUCACGUCCCGGCUCGAGUCGGUCCACGUCAUCCUCAGGGACGGGCUGGAGGACCCUCUGGACGACGCCGGCCUCGUUCAGCAGCAGCUGGACCAGCUUUCCACCAUCGGCCGCUGCGAGUACGAGAAGACGUGCGCGCUGCUUGUCCAGCUGUUCGACCAGGCGGCUCAGACCUACCAGGAGCUGCUGCAGUCCACUAACUCGAGCGCCAUGGACAUCACGGUGCAGGAGGGUCGGCUCACGUGGUUGGUUUACAUAAUCGGGGCAGUGAUCGGAGGACGCGUGUCGUUCGCGAGCACAGACGAGCAGGAUGCCAUGGAUGGAGAGUUAGUCUGUCGGGUGCUGCAGCUCAUGAACCUGACGGACUCACGGCUAGCUCAAGCCGGGAAUGAGAGGCUGGAGCUCGCCAUGCUCAGUUUCUUUGAGCAGUUCAGAAAGAUCUACAUCGGUGACCAGGUGCAGAAAUCAUCAAAGCUUUAUCGACGACUAUCAGAAGUUUUGGGCUUGAAUGACGAGACGAUGGUACUGAGCGUCUUUAUAGGGAAAAUUAUCACAAACUUGAAGUACUGGGGCCAGUGUGAACCAAUCACCUCCAAGACACUCCAGCUCCUGAACGACCUCUCCUUAGGGUACAGCAGCGUAAGGAAGCUGGUGAAGCUCAGUGCUGUCCAGUUCAUGCUGAACAACCACACGAGCGAGCACUUCUCCUUCCUGGGAGUGAACAACCAGUCCAACCUGAGCGACAUGAGGUGUCGGACCACCUUCUACACUGCACUAGGACGCCUGCUGAUGGUCGAUUUAGGUGAAGAUGAGGACCAGUUCGAACAGUUCAUGCUGCCUCUGACGGCGGCGUUUGAAGCAGUGGCUCAGAUGCUGAGUACAAACACCUUUAACGAGCAGGAAGCCAAGAGGACUCUGGUGGGUUUGGUCCGGGACCUGCGAGGCAUCGCGUUCGCCUUCAACGCCAAGACGAGCUUCAUGAUGCUGUUUGACUGGAUAUACCCAACCUACAUGCCCAUCCUGCAGCGGGCCAUCGAGCUGUGGUACCACGACCCAGCAUGCACCACGCCGGUCCUUAAGCUCAUGGCAGAGCUCGUCCACAACAGAUCACAGCGGCUUCAGUUUGACGUGUCGUCACCAAACGGCAUCCUGCUGUUCAGAGAAACCAGCAAGAUGAUCACGACCUAUGGGAAUCGGAUCCUGACACUGGGCGAGGUCCCGAAGGACCAAGUGUACGGGGUGAAGCUGAAGGGUGUCAGCGUGUGCUUUGCCAUGCUGAAGGCGGUGCUCAGCGGGAACUACGUCAACUUCGGGGUCUUCCGUCUGUAUGGCGACGACGCUCUGGACAACGCCUUACAGACCUUCAUCAAACUACUGCUGUCCAUCCCUCACAGUGACCUGCUGGACUACCCGAAGCUCAGUCAGUCCUUUUACUCUCUGCUGGAGGUGCUGACGCAGGACCACAUGAACUUCAUCGCAAGCCUGGAGCCUCACGUCGUCAUGUACAUCCUGUCCUCCAUAUCAGAAGGCCUCACGGCGCUCGAUACGAUGGUGUGCACCGGCUGCUGUUCCAGCCUCGACCACAUCGUCACCUACCUGUUCAAGCAGCUGUCACGCUCCACCAAGAAGCGUCCCGCUCCCAUGGCGACAGACGACCGCUUCCUGCACAUCAUGCAGCAGCACCCGGAGAUGAUCCAGCAGAUGCUGUCCACCGUUCUGAACAUCAUCAUCUUCGAGGACUGCAGGAACCAGUGGUCGAUGUCGCGGCCACUCUUAGGGCUCAUCCUGCUCAAUGAGAAGUAUUUCGCUGACUUGAGGAACAGCAUCGUCAACAGCCAGCCGCCUGAGAAGCAGCAAGCCAUGCACUUAUGUUUCGAGAACUUGAUGGAGGGAAUCGAGAGAAAUCUACUAACAAAGAACCGGGACAGGUUCACGCAGAACUUGUCGGUGUUCAGGAGGGAGGUAAACGACAGCAUGAAGAACUCGACAUACGGUGUCAACAGCAACGACAUGAUGAGCUGACAUUCCACGCGGCCGCCUGCCGAGCUCGCCCGGCCCCUCGACCCGCCUCUCCACGGCCUCCUACCCCUCACCUCUCUGCAUCCCCUCUCCCCCCGGGCCCGGAUGCCCGGGGAUCAUCACCCCGCCACGACACCGAUUCAGCCCUCCCCUCCCCUCCUCCUUUUGAUAUAAGCAUAUAUAAAUAUAUACAGAUCUAUUUUAAAGCCAGCCCGCCGCGCCCGGCUCACCUGGCUGCUUGAACAGAGGGGGGGAAGGGGGAGGGAGCAUGUCUGAGCACUCUGAAUCACUGACAGGAAGUGGAGUGCGCCGCAGCCAGAAGAGGCGGCGAGGGGACGAAGGGACGAACGCCGGUAAACGUAGUAAUCCGCUUCUGCCUGCCUUGUAUAGAAACCACCCGAGAAACCAAGUGUACAUUUUCUUUCGUAACAUUUUGAACAAUGUUUAUAAUGAUCGACUUUAAAAACCCACAAAGACGAGACGACAAACCAACGUGUGAUUGAGCUUUUUACAGAAUAGUGAGUUAGUGCACAUGUCUGUCUGCGUGGGCGCGAGGCCAGAGGGUGGGCGGGGCAAGAACAGGAAGCAGAGGUACACACACUAACGGAAAGGGAGGCUCAGAGCAUCCAUGUUGUACAUUUUUCUCCGUCUCUGCUGCUUGAAGUGAUGUAAAUAUUCCCGAAUGACGGCCUCAGAGGGACCGUCCUGCUGCUUUUCCUCCUCAGCGUCACAAAACCGUCACACUUUGGUCACAGCGAGGCAGAAAAACGUCGCCUCCGUCCUCAUUUCCUGUUUUUCUUUGCCCACAACACUAACCUGGAGAUCUUUGGGCUUUUCGGUGGUGCUCGGACUGAAUUAAACACCUUCAGCAGACCAAACAUCUUUCAUUAGAGCCGCUUUUAUUGUGAAGGCUCGCUAAACCUUCAGCUUAAAGUUGGUCUAAUGUCAGCAUGUUUGUCAGAGCGUCAUAACAAUGAUUUAAAGGCAAAAAUAGUGAUUAGCUCCUGUUUUUCUUGGUCACGUGAAACUUUUUGUCCAGCCAUCAUUUUAAAAAGAAAAAAAAAACACCUUCAGCUGUGAAAAAACAAAGGUUAAAAAUGCUGAAGCUUUUCUGAUUCUUCACAUUUUUCAGUUUUCUGGCCUUUUUUCAUAAUCAAAGAAACGCUUCAUCAUCGUCAUUAUUAUUAUUAUAACUGUAAGCUGCAGAACAAUAAGCUGGCACUUCAUCAACUUCAGUUUGACUAAAGCGCGAUCAAAACAAAACUUUACCUCUUUAAGUUUACAGUAGACUGACAUUUCAGUGUUCAGAGAAGUUCAGGGUGUCAUCAGGCUGACAGGAGGUCACAACCCAGGUUUCCAAAUACAGAGGAAAUCAUCAAAGCCGUAUUUGUAUGAUAAUUAUUAUUAUCAUUAUUAUUAUUAUUAUUAUUAUUAUUAUUACUGGAGCUGCAGUGAUGAUUUUAGAGACAACGCAAAGCCGAACAUAAUUAUCAAUAUUCAGUCAGAUUUUUGAUGAUAUAAUCUGCUGAUUAUUCCUUGAUUAGAGCUUCUGUUGUGAGGAAGAGUCGUAAAAGUUUUCAGCCUCAAAAUGUUUCAAAUGUUGAACUUUUAGAUAUUUUGUUCUUCUUAAGUUCCAGCUUUUCUUUUUCCUGCGACACUAAAGCAGAUCAUUAACUUGCUUGUUCUGAUGAUUAAUUAAAGCUGCGUUAUUUUAAACUCUUCAUCUUUGGGUUUUUAAACGUUCAUCAAACAUCUGAAGACAUCUCCUUAAAAGUUAUUUUUCAUUUUUUCCCUGUUAUUCAGAUGUUAUUGAUUUAUGUAACAAAAUGAUCUGCAGCAUUUCAGUCUCGAGCUCCUGAAGCUGAUGGACUUCCUGCUUUCGCCCCACUUAACAGUUUUCAGCUCUCCGAUAUCUUCACCUUAAAAAUUUUCAUGCUUUCUGUAGAUUUUUUCCCCCCCUUUGUAAUAAAAAUAAACUUUCCCAAUAAAACCAGCAGAAAACGAGGAUAUAAUCACGCUCAGUUAUCAUAUUUUCAGUUAAGUUAACACAAUGAGUCAUGUAAAACUAGAUGUGAGGGUUCUUUUUCAGACAGACUUUAAACGCAUCGUAAAAACGACAUGUUUGAACCUCCACAAAUCUUCUUUGACAUCAGAGGAGUUGCUGAUCAUAAUGAACACUCGAGCCUUUAAACAGUCUUCAAACUCAGGAAAAAGACUGUUAAAGUGAUCACAUGGUAACGUUACAGUAUUACCCCGAUUCGCCUCGAUGACUAGUUUAAUAUUGCGACUUUUACAGGAUUUUGUCGGGUUAAGAGUUUAUGUCUCAGAGGUUUGUGGCGGUGACGUUCUCGAGUGUCUGACCAACAAAGUCCAAAAACACUGAAUCCACUGACCGAGGAAAACGUUUAAAGCUGAGCUGAAACCUCCACAGAUCUUGAGGCAGCACCAAUUUCUACCGAGACUUAAGUCGAAUAUGGCGCCAUGGCGGCAUUUAAAGACACAUGACCAAGAAAAACCAGUCAGGGAGGAAGGUCACCGUUUGUUCAUCACCGCGUGAAUCGGUUCUUUGGCAGUUUUCGGCGUACGUUGGGUCAUAAUUUCCGAUAUUUCACGUUUCACCACAUUAUUUGUCGUUUUCAUGCAGUUAAAAAACGUGAAAUCCUCUCCAGGAUCAGCUGACUGAAUUCACAGAAACUGAUGGAGGUUUUUUUUUUUUGUUUGUUUGUUUGUGUUUUUUUUUUUUGUAAAAGCAGCAGAACUUCCCUUUAAGGUGCCGUCUGCGCCGCCGCGGCUCCGCCUUCCUCUGAGCAAGACGGCGGUGCCGGUGGCGACGUCCUGCAGGUGUCACACGCCUGCUGCUUGAUGAACGUGUAAGCAACAUGGUCACAGCUACAUUUUCCCCUCUGGUAGGCUGGGUGCAGUUUCCACCAUUUUGUUUACACUCUGGAUUCCUCGGACCAGGUCUCGGCCUGCCCCCCUUUUUUAGGGAGUCCUUUUUGGCGUGUGCGUUGAUGUUGUGUGUGUUUGCGUGUGCGUGGAGUGGAGUGGUUCUCUGUUGCCUGGCGUGCGUGUAUGUGGCGUCUCACGGUGCUGCGACGGCUUGAACCCGCAAUGGAGCUCAAACAGCCAAGGUCCGAGCCGCCAAGCGGGAAGCGACGAGGGGAAACCAUCGAGGCGGGAGUGCGGCGAAGGCGUCCAGAUCGGUCGUCAAACCUUGGCAGAAGGUGUACAAAGAGAAGCAGGAAGUGGAGUCUAUUAGCAACUUGUGUUACUCUCUACGAUGUUGCUGCUAACUGUUUGUGACAACUAGCUCAUCUCUAACCAUGUCAGCACUCACGGAUGUUUAUUGAGUUCCUAAUUUUUUGGCUUGUGUCCCUGAUGUGAAUGUGUUGGGUCCAUAGAGUGAAUAGCUGUUUGAGUUGUUUGGAUGUCUGCUACAUAUAGUGUAAGCAUUGUGACUGCAAAUAAACCUCAUUGAUUUUUA